GGUGCGGAAUUGAUAAUCAGAGGUAUAUUCCCAGCAGGCAUGAAGGUGAUGGUGGCAUCUCUCUUCCUUCUUCUGGGGGCAUUCCUGCUCCCAGCAGAGACCACAAGCAUCCGUCGUCCGGAAUGCUCACUGUUGACGGAACUCUGUGCCCCGGAAUCAACAGUAGAUGAAUGUAAGCCAAAUGUUCCCUGUGACGGGGGACAGCUGUGCUGCUAUAAUUGCGGAUGGAAAUGUACUGAUCCAAUUAUACCAGAUCCACCUACAGACUGCACAUGGUGGGCCAAACUCUUUCCAGGUCAUCCUUGGGUAUGUGACCCGCCACCCCUGGAUCCUGUUCCUUUCCCACCACCACAAGACACAGAAUAAGAAUCUACUGAAGACCUUUGUGGAGAGAUGAGAUCACCAGUACCCCGUUAUGAUCAGCAAGAGGUCCCCCUCCCCACACACACACACGGGAAUUGUCUUUCAAUAAAGAAUUCUUCAAUCCUGA